AUGGGGAUGUGUUCCAGCCUCCGGCCCCGGCUGCUGGGGGAAGCCCACCCGGCCGUCCCUCCCCGCGCGCCGGGGGACGCGGACGCCCCGGAGCGCGGCGGCGGCGUCGGGGACCCGUCGGGGCGCCCGGCCACCAAGGACGAGCUGCGCGCCAAGCUGAAAGCCGACCGGCAGCGGAGCAAGAGCAUCGACAAGUGCCUGCGGGCCGAGAAGCGCGAGUACAAGCAGACCCACCGCCUGCUGCUGCUGGGUGCUGGGGAAUCUGGUAAAAGCACAAUUGUCAAGCAGAUGCGGAUCUUGCAUGUGAACGGAUUUAAUGCAGAGGAGAAAAAAAUGAAAAUUCAGGAUAUUAAAAACAAUAUUAAAGAAGCUAUAGAGACAAUAGUGACAGCAAUGGGAAACCUGGCACCACCAGUCGAGCUAGCCAAUCCAGAGAACCAGUUUCGAAUCGACUAUAUAUUAAACUUAGCAAACCAGAUAGAUUUUGACUUCCCACCAGACUUCUAUGAACAUACAAAAACACUUUGGCAAGAUGAAGGUGUGAAAGCCUGCUACGAAAGAUCCAACGAGUAUCAGUUGAUCGACUGUGCGCAGUACUUUCUAGACAAAAUCGACAUAGUCAAGCAAAAUGAAUACACACCAUCUGACCAGGACCUUCUUAGAUGCAGAGUUCUGACAUCAGGAAUCUUUGAAACCAAGUUUCAGGUGGACAAAGUAAACUUUCAUAUGUUCGAUGUUGGUGGGCAGCGAGAUGAACGCCGAAAAUGGAUCCAGUGUUUUAACGAUGUGACCGCUAUCAUAUUUGUGGUGGCUAGCAGUAGCUACAACAUGGUUAUACGAGAAGACAAUCAGACCAACCGGCUUCAAGAAGCAUUAAACCUUUUCAAGAGUAUCUGGAACAACAGGUGGCUACGGACCAUUUCAGUAAUCCUUUUCCUGAACAAACAGGAUUUGUUAGCAGAGAAAGUUUUGGCAGGGAAAUCUAAAAUUGAAGACUACUUUCCAGAAUUUGCUCGUUACACCACACCAGAUGAUGCAACACCAGAACCUGGUGAGGAUCCUAGAGUUACAAGGGCCAAGUAUUUUAUUAGAGAUGAAUUUCUUAGAAUCAGUACAGCAAGUGGAGACGGAAGGCAUUAUUGCUAUCCUCAUUUCACGUGCGCAGUGGAUACUGAAAACAUUCGGAGGGUUUUCAAUGACUGUCGGGACAUUAUUCAACGGAUGCACCUUCGCCAGUAUGAGUUAUUGUGAUGGAGAGCACUUUUUCUCUUGUUAUUUUUUUU